ACGGAGCACCGGGAGCCGAGCAGGCGGGCAAGCGAGCGAGGGCGGGUGGCAGGGGCAGUCGGGCAGGGCGAUCUUGCAAGAGCUGCACCUUCCGAGGGCUAGGGCUGGGUUCCAGCGGUGGCCAGGCGACAGCCCCGCGUACACCAAAGAGGAGGUGGCGGUGGCGACAGCGGCCGCGGCGGCCCCAGCCAUGCUGUGCUAUGUGACGAGGCCGGACGCGGUGCUGAUGGAGGUGGAGGUGGAGGCGAAAGCCAACGGCGAGGACUGUCUCAACCAGGUGUGCAGGCGAUUGGGGAUCAUAGAAGUCGAUUAUUUUGGACUGCAGUUCACGGGUAGCAAGGGUGAAAGUUUAUGGCUGAAUCUGAGAAACCGGAUCUCCCAGCAGAUGGAUGGGCUGGCACCUUACCGGCUUAAACUGAGAGUCAAGUUCUUUGUGGAGCCUCAUCUCAUCUUACAGGAGCAGACGAGGCAUAUCUUUUUCUUGCACAUCAAGGAGUCCCUCUUGGCAGGCCACCUCCAAUGCUCCCCAGAGCAAGCAGUAGAGCUCAGUGCCCUUCUGGCCCAGACCAAAUUUGGAGACUACAACCAGAACACGGCCAAGUACAACUAUGAGGAGCUGUGUGCGAAGGAGCUCUCCAAUGCUGCCUUGAAUAGCAUUAUUGCAAAGCAUAAGGAGUUGGAAGGGACCAGCCAGGCUUCAGCAGAAUACCAAGUUCUGCAGAUUGUGUCAGCAAUGGAGAACUAUGGCAUCGAGUGGCACGCCGUGAGGGACAGCGAAGGGCAGAGACUCCUCAUUGGGGUUGGACCUGAAGGAAUCUCAAUUUGUAAAGAUGACUUUAGCCCAAUUAACAGAAUAGCUUAUCCUGUGGUGCAGAUGGCCACCCAGUCAGGAAAGAACGUGUACUUGACGGUCACCAAGGAGUCUGGGAACAGCAUCGUGCUUCUGUUUAAAAUGAUCAGCACCAGAGCAGCCAGUGGGCUCUACCGAGCGAUCACGGAGACUCAUGCUUUCUACAGGUGUGACACAGUGACCAAUGCCGUCAUGAUGCAGUAUAGUCGUGACUUGAAGGGCCACUUGGCAUCUCUGUUUCUGAAUGAAAACAUUAACCUUGGCAAGAAGUACGUCUUUGAUAUCAGAAGAACGUCGAAGGAGGUUUAUGACCACGCCAGGAGGGCUCUGUACAAUGCCGGCGUUGUGGACCUCGUUUCAAGAACCGACCAGAGCCCACCCAGCUCUCCUCUCAAGUCGUCUGACAGCAGCAUGAACUGCAGCAGCUGCGUGGGCCUCAGCUGCCAGCAGACCCGGGCGCUGCAGGAGAAGCUGCGCAAGCUGAAGGAAGCCAUGCUGUGCAUGGCAUGUUGCGAGGAGGAGAUCAACUCCACCUUCUGCCCGUGUGGCCAUACUGUGUGCUGUGAGAGCUGCGCUGCCCAGCUUCAGUCCUGUCCAGUGUGCCGGUCUCCCGUUGAGCAUGUCCAGCACGUCUACCUGCCAACCCACACCAGUCUUCUCAACCUGACUCUGAUCUGACGUGUCCUGCGCGCUCCCCGGACAUACCAUGCUUCCACGGACUACAUGGUGAACAACUACAAGAAUAAACUUGUGGAGAAAAUCUCACUCCUACACCAUCUGCCAUGCAACAUUUCAAAAAUGAAGAAAAACAAGAACAUACCACUCCACAGCAAAAAACACCAACACCUCCCUCCCCUUCAUCCCACCCUGCCCGGGGACCGGGAAGAGCUCUGGGACAUACACACAUUCCUUGGACUUGGGGUUUUUUUUGUGAUCAAGUAAUGGAAUAGGUAAAAUGUUUGUCAGUUAAGUGGCAAAGUAGCCAAAAAAGUGGGUACCUCUUAGGAAAUAUAUCUUGAGGUAAGUUUCCUACCUGCAGCAGAUUUUGUAAGAAUUAAUUUUAGGAAUGUGGGAUUUUUUGUUGUUGUGGUUUUUUUUUUAAUAUGAUCAUGGAAUGCCAAACAUGUUUAACAGGACUUUUUUUUUCUUAAAUAGUCAUUGUUAUAAUGUCUUUCCUGUUUUUCUAAUUUGUUCAAGAAUGAUUGAUAAUUGGAACCUAAGCAGAUUUUUACCAAGCAAGCCUGUGACUCUUAAAAAGUUAACAACAGCAUUGCUAGAUUGAAACCAGCCUGGCUAGGAGAGAGCAGUAGCUCAGCGUGGGGGCUUUCUUCCUCCUUUUCCUUUUCCCUCACCUCUGCCCCAUGCCUUUGUAUUAUAAAAUGUUAGCUGUUUGGUUAAAAUGGUUUCUGUGAAAUAGUCAAGCACUCCCAUGGGCUUUUGAGCUGGUGGGAUUCUUGAAGACAGAGCAUUUUCUGCAAGAAGGAAAAGCCCAGCCCACUGAGAGAUGGAACCUUCUGGAAUAUACAAGGGACUCCACUCCCCCAGGCACCAACUCCAGCUGCAUCCCUGGGUGCCGCUUUGCCUGAAAGAACAAACCUUUUAUAGCCUUAUAGGUUUCUAGAUACCGUCUCCUUUUUUGUGUGUGCUUUUUGUUUCCUUGUUAAGCAAAUGCUUAAGUAUUCUUUUGGUUGCCUCCUCUGUAUCUUUCAGAGGGGCUCUGUUCUUUUUGUUUUCUAUAUUCUUAAAUGUGUUUUUCCACUCCCACUUGGGCAUUUUGGAAACUGGUCAGCAAGUGGGUUUUCUAGGAUUUGGGAAACCUAGAUGACCUUAUUGGGUGCAAUACUAGCUAAGUUAAUGCUAGAAACCUACACUGUCACUUUACUGAGAUUUCUGAGUAUACUUUUCAUAUUGCCUUAAUGUAGCAGUAAUGUGUUUAUGCAUUUGUUUCUUUGCACAGACAUUUUGUCAGAUAUUAAAACUCUACUUUUUUAUGGCACAUAUUAGCAUAUAAGCCUUUAUUCCAAGAGGUAUUUAUUUUUUCACCUGUAAAAAAAUAAUGUUUCCACAUAAAGAACUCUGUUAUAUCCUAGAGGACUUCUGUCUUUUAUAUUCAGGAUAAUAAAGUCUUUAAAGCAAA